AAGUGUUCCAAGUUGUCCGAUCUGGGGUGCUGGAUGUUGAUAACUACCUCAUGGGUAAUCGUGGCAACUCCGAUGAUGAUAACUACAAGAGACAUGCCUUCAACGAAGCGAGGAGUAACAGUAUACCCAUCGAUAGAGACAUUCCCGACACAAGAAAUUUUAAGUGCCAAAGUAUAGACUACAGUAAAGACACCCUUCCACCUACUUCAAUAAUUAUUACAUUCCACAACGAGGCAAGGUCCACGUUACUUAGAACAAUAGCAAGUGUAUUAAACAGAAGUCCUCCACAUCUUAUCAAGGAGAUCAUUUUAGUUGAUGACUUUAGUGAUGAUCCUGAAGAUGCUGAGCUUCUUAGCCAAGUCCCAAAGGUGAAAGUACUACGCAACAAGAAGAGAGAAGGUCUAAUACGCUCGAGAGUUCGAGGGGCCGAUGCAGCGACCAGCAGUAUUCUAACAUUUCUUGAUAGUCAUUGCGAAGCAAAUGUAGACUGGCUACCUCCCUUAUUGCACAGAGUCCAUCAGGAUUCUACCCGUGUUGUGAGUCCAAUCAUAGAUGUCAUCAAUAUGGAUACUUUUCAGUACAUUGGGGCUUCUCCAGACUUACGAGGAGGUUUUGACUGGAGUUUACACUUUAAGUGGGAGCACAUGCCCGUGGACCAGCGAUCAAAAAGAAAAAGCUCUCUUGAGCCAAUCAGAACACCCAUGAUAGCUGGUGGACUGUUUGUUAUCAACAAAGGCUGGUUCAACAAACUUGGAAAAUAUGACACAGAGAUGAAUAUAUGGGGAGGAGAAAACUUUGAAAUAUCUUUCCGAGUUUGGCAAUGUGGUGGUUCCUUGGAGAUUAUACCUUGUAGCCGAGUCGGCCAUGUUUUCCGCAAGAAGCACCCGUACACCUUUCCAGAUGGAAAUGCUAAUACAUAUAUCAGAAAUACGAGAAGGACCGCUGAGGUAUGGAUGGAUGAAUACAAACAGUACUUUUACAAUGCCAGGCCCUCGGCCAGAGGAAAACCUUUUGGAAACGUGGAAAGCAGAAAAGAAUUGAGAAAUCAGUUACACUGCAAAUCGUUCCACUGGUAUCUUAAAAACAUCUAUCCAGAGUUAAGAAUUCCUGCUCCAGGAAAUGUGCAAUAUGGGAAGCUACAGCAGGGGGAGUUAUGUCUGGACUCGGCCCCUAAAACAACCGGAACCACGUGGGCUCCAUCUAUUAUACCAUGUGAAUUCCAGGACGAAAACCAGGCGUGGUCUUUAACGAAGGAAGACACCGUUCAGCAGCAGUUCAAGUGUCUUACAGUCAGCUCGUCUGUGCCUGAUACGAGAGUUUAUCUUACAUCUUGCCAAAGCAACGAAAUUAAACAGAAGUGGACAAGAGAGGGCAGCAGACUGAGACAUCAGUUGAGUGGUCUGUGCUUGGACCAUUUACCACAGAGGGGGCUAGUAGUAAGACACUGCAGCAAUGACUCUGAUACACAAGUGUGGACCUUCAAGCCUUCAAAGACAGCAAAGUACUGAUGUCAAGCCCCAGUGAGGUCAUACGCCUCAUGUGGUAGUUGAGCUGCAGUGUGUUAAGGUGAAUCUGGAGGAAGGUUAUACACGAAUACAGUGAGGAUAAAUGAGGUAAACCUUAAUGAGUUAGACCUUUCUUAACUGAUAACCCUUUGUUAUUAAAGGCACUGGACACCUUCCGUAAUUGUCAAUGACCAGUAUUCUUACUUUGUAUCCCCCAACAUAU